AUGUCCUCAGAGAUUGAAGAACCAGUUGAAAUUGUUGAUAGUUAUCUAAAGAAUGGAACUAGUCCAAACUCUUACAAUCGAAUCAAUAACAUAAAUAGAUUGACCACUUCUCCCCCCAUUCCUCAACCAAACGCGUUAUCAAGGUCUCAGCCACAAAGAUUUGGUGUUUCACCUAGAAACCUCGCUGUAAGUCCAAAUGGAAAGUUUCCUGGGCCAAACUCUUAUGGAUCCUUGGAACCCACUGCAGAAGCUGUUUAUUUAGAUAUACCAAAGGAAAAAAAGGCAGAAAUUGUAAAAAAGCAUCUAGUUACCUCAGAUGAUCUUGCUCGCAGCGCCGAAGCAAACGGUAGUUAUAUUGAACCUACGUUUUCGACUUCGAUUCAACUUCCAGGUGGUGAUGCAACACACGAAGUGUAUAAAUGGCACCAAGAUGUAGAAACAGAACCUUUGAAACGCACACGCUCUAAAUCUCUUUAUUUGCCUCGUCCGGAAUCGAGCGAUCCACAGAUAUCUAACAUUCGACAACCUGGUGGAUUUCGUCGUCAUUAUGUAUCGAUGAAGGCCCAACAAGAGGGAAAGGAACCACCAAAUUUCUUUACAGAAAAUUUUAUUGAUUUUUUGACAAUGUAUGGUCACUUUGCCGGCGAAGAUUUAUCAGAUGAUGAGGAUGAAUUAGCUUUUGCUGAUUAUGAGGAAGUUGUUAGCGAAGAAUCUCCGUUGAUCCAAAUGCCUGGAGAAGUACAUGGAACUGCCAGUCCAUCAAAAGCUGUGUUUUUACUCUUAAAAUCUUUUGUUGGUACUGGCGUAAUGUUUUUGCCUAAAGCGUAA